GCAUUAGUCUCUUGUCACGCUCUUGAUUUCGAGAAGUGAAGCUUCCUGCCCUUCCUGCAGUCACACGAGGAAACAAAGAAACGCAAUAAAAUUUUCUCAUUGCUGCCCUACAUACGAAGUUCUUUAGCUCCGGUUGAUCGAAAGUGCAAAACAUAUUCAUUGCUGCAUAAUUUGAACAAUUUUAGACGUUGCGUAAAUUCUAUUAGAUAUUGGAACGCGUGUUUGUUUUGUUGGAAAAAGGAAACCAGGCCAGCACCGUCAUGGAGGUUAGCAAUGGAAACCAGAAGAGCGUAGAAAAUACGCCUACCAAACCGGCUGAGGAUCGUCAGCCGGCUGCUGAACAACCCGCUGUAUCCGUCGCGGAAUCCUCGGAAAAGGAUGAAAAAUUGGUGGCGAAUUUGCGUCAGCAGAUUCCAGACAUCGACAAUAUCUUCAACAUCCAUCGGAAGAUCGGUCACGGUACGUUCAGCUCGGUUUUCCUUGGUACACUGAAAUGCCACGAGCGACUCCCGAAGGAGAAGCGUAAACUGUUUGCCAUCAAGCAUCUGGUUCCUACUAGUCAUCCGAGUCGUAUCGAACGGGAGCUGAAAUGUAUGAUGCUUAUCGGUGGAGCUAGCAAUGUAGUUGGAGUUGAUUUAUGCCUCCGACGACAGGAGUCGGUGGCAUUUGUGAUGCCAUUCAUCGCCCAUGAUCAGUUUCAUGUGUACUAUGAUAAAAUGACACCGACUGAAACUCAGCUGUACAUGAAGAAUCUAUUGAUUGCGUUGAAGCGGGUACAUGAAUUCAACGUGAUUCAUCGGGAUGUAAAACCAAGCAACUUCUUGUACAAUCGGAAGAAGCAGACUUUCUUGCUAGUUGAUUUCGGGUUGGCUCAGGAUAUUAGUAACCGAGUCGUCAGAGAAGCACUAGUUGAAGCAGAGGAUAAGACUGGAAAACGAAGGCUUUCGGGCAACGUCACGGAAGGAAAUCCGCAGGACUCGGAUGCCGUUGUGCAAGUGCAGAAAAAAGUGAAACUGCAUGAUAACUUGGAGAAUAGUACAACUCUCGUUAGCGCUGUGGAGCAGGAGCAACAACCACCACCGGUGUUUAAAACACCGUUAAAACAAUCUAAUCAAAUCAUCUCACCGAUGAAACUCUCGAAUAUAACAAAAGAUCUGUAUAGCUCGCCGCUUGUGCGACAAGUCAAGUCCACCGUUCUGGGUAUUAGUAGCAAUCUAAAGGCGGCUCAACGCCCGCAGCAAAGCAGAAGCAGCAACUCAACCGCGGUAGCACCAAUCCCCCAGAGAAUGGCUAACGGUGGAUCAAUAACCCACCAAUAUAACACUUCUUCGUCGAUUAGUGCUGCAGCGAAGCUUGACGCUGUAUGCAGAUGCUUCGGUAAAAGUCAGGUCUGCAACAUUUGCCUGGUUAAGAAAGAAAUACAGGCAUCCCGUGCUGGAACCCCAGGAUACCGUCCACCGGAAGUUUUGUUGAAAUACCCGGACCAAACCACCGUCGUCGACGUUUGGGCUGCUGGCGUCAUGUUUCUUAGUAUUCUCUCGCGAUGUUAUCCCUUUUUCCAGAACUCGGAUGAUUUCCACUCAUUGGCUGAGAUUGUCAGUAUUUUCGGCGAUCAGCGUAUUAAAAAGACUGCUAACAUAUUAGGACGUCACGUCAAAACUGCCCAACGGAAGCAACCACUGGAUCUCCGGAAACUGUCACUGCGACUUCGUUUCCGCUUUCGACGCCUGCGUGCUCGGCAACAACAGCAACAACAAGACGAGGAAUCUGGCGCCACGUUUGCUAACAGCUGUGACAAUUGUCAGCAACGUUUGGACGAAUGUCUAUGUGAGCAUUCUGAAUCAAACAGAGAUUUCUCGGAAGAUGAAUACUCUGACAGUGCCUACGAUUUGCUGUACAAACUGUUGGAGAUCAAUCCACACAAUCGCAUCUCCGCUGAGGAAGCUCUAAAGCAUCCCUAUUUCCAGGAGGCUCUCUAGAAUGCGUAUCAGGCUGAAUGAAAAAUAAAGUAUUAUAAAUUUAUAUCUAGACCGAGAACACAAAUGCCAACAUUCUUUGCGAAUAUAUUCUAUCUAAAUUAUAAAUCAGUCGUAGGUAAAAUUAGCGAAACAAAGAACAUUUCUUAUAGAGAUUUUAGCAAAAUUCACUCAUUCUUGUAGAACGAGUCAAAAUUCAGUGUGAAUGUAAAAUUUGUUUAAAUUAUUUUAAUUGAUUCUAAAUUAUUUAUUGAAACCGACAACAUGAAUGCGUGCUGUUUUGUCAUUUUAAAUACAUCCCAUUGAGAGAACUGAAAUUAAGUGAACAGCACUUAUAAGUCGAGGAGUAACAUGAAAACUAGUUUCUAAUGAUAACACUACAAAUGAGGCAAUAAAUGUAACAAAAGAAAUCAAA